UAGCAAACAGAGCGAGAGGGUUUGAUUCUCUUCACUCGUGCGGACUCAACGGAAUAUUCUCUCCCUGCUUCUGGAAGUCGAAGCGGACAAAGUAGAAGAAGAAGAAGAAGAAGAAGAAGAAGACGCAGCUGCUGCCUGAUAGGACUUUCUUUUUCUUUUCCUCUUUUUAAUCUGGCUACACUGUAGCGGAGGAUAUUUCAUCCGCGACACCGACAGAAUGACUCACUUCAACAAGGGGCCAUCGUACGGACUAUCCGCAGAAGUGAGAAGCAAGAUUGCUCAGAAAUAUGACGUGCAGAAGGAGGAGGAGCUCCGCUUCUGGAUCGAGGAGGUGACGGGAAUGUCCAUCGGAGAGAACUUCCAGAAAGGGUUGAAGGACGGAGUCAUCCUCUGCGAACUGAUCAACAAGGUGCAUCCUGGUUCAGUAAAGAAAGUCAACUUCUCCCAGUUGAACUGGCACAAGCUGGAAAACAUCGGCAACUUCAUCAAGGCCAUCCUGGCCUACGGCGUGAAGCCCAACGACAUCUUCGAGGCCAACGACCUGUUCGAGAGCGGGAACAUGACUCAAGUCCAGACCACACUGCUCGCGCUGGCCAACCUGGUGAGUGAACACGCACAGCACACAGAGGGUCGUUGUCCCACCGAGGAAGGAACACGUCCUCCUUUCUUUAGAGGACACAAAUCACAUCAGUCCAUUGACCAGCUUGUCCUUUCUCUCCGUCAGGCGAAGACCAAAGGUAUCGACACGAAGGUUGACAUCGGGGUGAAAUACUCAGACAAACAAGCUCGGCAUUUCGACGACGAGAAGAUCAAGGCCGGGCAGUGUGUCAUCGGACUGCAGAUGGGAACGAACAAGUGUGCGAGUCAGGCCGGGAUGACCGCCUACGGAACCAGACGACAUCUGUACGACCCGAAGACUCAGACCGACAAGCCGUACGACCAGACCACCAUCAGCCUGCAGAUGGGAACCAACAAAGGAGCAAGCCAGGCGGGCAUGUCGGCCCCCGGCACCCGGAGGGACAUCUUCGACCAGAAGGUGGCGACGCAGCCGCUGGACAACUCCACCAUCUCCCUCCAGAUGGGCACCAACAAGGUGGCGUCCCAGCGCGGCAUGAGCGUGUACGGCCUGGGCCGCCAGGUCUACGACCCCAAGUACUGCGCGCCGCCCACGGAGCCCGUCAUCCACACCAACGGCAGCCAGGGCACCGGCACCAACGGCUCCGAGAUCAGCGACAGUGACUAUCAGGCCGAGUUCCAGGAGGACGAGUACCACGGCGGUUACCACGACAACUACAGCUCCCACUACAACGACCAGGGCAUUGACUAUUAGCGGCGACGUCCCCCCUCCCCCUCGGCGCAGUAUUAACACAUGUACUCUACACAGACCAGAGCAAGUCUUUUGCUAUCCUCACUAGUCUUUUUAUUCUCUUGAAGCAAAAAAAAAAAGAAAUGUUGCCUUUUGAGCGCUUCCCUUCUUGGCCUAGACUCGUUUUCAUCCGAGCAGCGGCGGUCGCAAGAAGUUGUAGUUGCAUAGAAUAAUGAGAUACAGUGGUGAACGUGUUUUUUUUUUUUAAGCUGAAGAGCAAUCGUUUUAAUACCCACUUUUUAAGAAAAGAAAAAAAGAUUGAACACUGAAGUAGUGAUUACUUUGUUGACAGACGGUGUAGCGUUAGAUGAAGCCGCUGUAUACCGAUGUUUUAUAAUUCACGUUCUCGACGUGAACGUCCUCGACAACGAGCUGAUUUACAGUAAUGUGCCUCCUGCUCUUCCCUGUGCGUCCAUACACCCAGCCACAGUUUGUGAUACUGAUAUUCCUUCUUUUCCAUUUUUGUACUACAUUUAAUCACUAGGUAGUUUUUUUUUUUCUUAAAGUGAUGAGCAUUAAAAAAAUCCUGACGGCCGACUCUACGCUCUAAGCCAGACUUCCACGUGCCGUCACGUGACCCUCCGUGUAUUUUCAUAUCGUUCCCCCUCGUCGUUUUCCCCCCAAACUGUAUUUAUUGUGGUGACUCUCAAUACAAAAACAGUCCACUGUCAUAUGGUUUGUAAAAAAUAAAAUGGUAUGUUAUAAAUAAAACCUUAAAAUUCUUAAUUGUC